GGAGGCGGGCGCGCCGCGGGCGACGAGCAUCAGGAGAGCGAGGCCCGGCCCCGCCGAGCCGCCGGCGCUGCCCGCCCCAUCAGGCGAGGGACAGGAGACCCGCCCCGGCCGGCAGCGAGCCGGGCCAUCGCCGCAGCGCCAUGAAGAUCAAGGAUGCCAAGAAGCCGUCUUUCCCAUGGUUUGGCAUGGACAUUGGGGGAACACUGGUGAAGCUUGCCUACUUUGAACCUAUUGACAUCACUGCAGAGGAGGAGCAGGAGGAGGUUGAAAGCUUGAAGAGCAUCCGCAAAUACCUGACUUCCAAUGUAGCCUAUGGAUCCACUGGCAUUCGGGACGUCCACCUGGAGCUGAAAGACUUGACCAUUUUUGCUCGAAGAGGAAACUUGCACUUUAUCCGAUUCCCAACUCAUGAUUUGCCUACUUUUAUCCAAAUGGGAAGAAACAAAAACUUUUCGACACUACACACGGUGCUCUGUGCCACCGGCGGUGGCGCGUACAAGUUCGAAGAAGACUUUCGCACAAUUGGAAACCUGCAGCUGCACAAACUGGAUGAGCUUGACUGCCUUGUCAAAGGCUUAUUGUACAUAGACUCUGUCAGCUUCAAUGGCCAGGCAGAGUGCUAUUAUUUUGAAAAUGCCUCAGACCCCGAGAGAUGCCAAAAGAUGCCUUUUAACCUGGAUGAUCCAUACCCACUGCUGGUGGUUAACAUUGGUUCAGGAGUCAGCAUUUUAUCAGUCCAUUCCAAAGACAACUAUAAAAGAGUAACUGGAACAAGUCUAGGUGGAGGGACCUUCCUUGGUUUGUGCAGUUUGUUGACGGGCUGUGAAAGUUUUGAAGAAGCUCUGGAAAUGGCAUCCAAAGGAGACAGCACACAUGCUGACAAGCUGGUUCGGGAUAUUUAUGGAGGAGACUAUGAAAGAUUUGGCUUGCCAGGGUGGGCUGUAGCAUCCAGUUUUGGGAAUAUGAUCUACAAAGAGAAGAGAGAGUCUGUUAGUAAAGAAGAUCUUGCAAGAGCCAUAUUGGUCACCAUCACCAAUAACAUUGGGUCUAUUGCCCGGAUGUGUGCAGUAAAUGAGAAAAUAAACAGAGUUGUGUUUGUUGGCAAUUUUUUGCGUGUGAAUACUUUGUCGAUGAAGCUUCUUGCGUAUGCACUGGAUUACUGGUCAAAAGGCCAGCUGAAGGCCUUGUUCCUAGAACAUGAGGGAUACUUUGGAGCUGUUGGUGCUCUGCUUGGGCUGCCCAAUUUCAGUUGAGAUACCAGAUGUCACUACACUGAACUAUUUUCCACCUGAACAACAUCUGUUUAUGGCAGUGGGAAUUAAAUCUGGGGAAGGGAGAAGAAAACAGCCCAUUUUCUGUAACUGUUUAUAAGAAGUGAUUAGCUACUGAGUAUUGCUGUUCUAAGGAAGGGUUUCACUCUGGGCAUUGGAAAGUGAACUGUUUGUGGUUAUCAUUUAUGUUCUUUGGUACUUGUAGCCAGUGGUGAACUCAUAAUAUGCAAUACGUCCUCUGAAAACAACCUUCCAGAAAUCCCAGACAAAGGAAUGCCAAACCGUUAAGUGCUCAACAUGAAAAUAUUGCAAGUUUACUCCUGAGGCUUUAGGCCCAUCAGUUUUGCAUAUAAUUAAUGAAUGAACAAUUAUUUUCAUUAGUUAUAGUAUAGCAUGAGCACAAUUUCCCCUGUGUACUUAGAGAAAACAACUUUAAAAACAACAAGGUACUAUCUACAAGAUGAGAGGAAUCUGUAGACCAUUCCUUCCCACAGUUAAGAACAGUAAUUAUUUUAUUUUUCUAUCUAAUGAUAAUAAUAUUAAUGCUUUAAUUUUCAGUGGGAAGAAUAGAAACACAAAAAAUCAGCCAAAGCAGCAGAUUAAGCAUCUGAUGUUAUGAAAGUUUCAUGAAGAUAUUCACUUGCUCUCUUCAUUUAUUUGAAAAUUCAGCUGGUAUUUUGGGAAGAUCCUUCUGUCUUUGAUUGGAUUUGGAAAAGAGUUUAGUGAUUAACGAAGGCAGGUUUUUUCUCAUUUUUCAUUAUUUUUUGGAUUUUUUGAGGGCAUGACUUCCAAAAUGCCUUCUGGAUUUUUUUUGUCUCUUUUAUCAGUUCUGCCAUCAUGAAUCAUUAUUUGUAAAGGUACCACAAAGCCUGAGAGAAUUGUGUUUUCUCAUAGUUCUGAAUCAGAAUUUCUCAUAAUUCUGAUGACCUCAGGACCUCAUAAUUCUGGUGCUUUGGCUCAUUUCUGUGGAGAUUUGGGAAAUUUUGGCUACUAAUUCAAAAUUCUGAGUUCUACUUAAUUUUGUAGGAGUUAAUCAGAAUCUAAUUAGAUGUUGAAAAUGAAAGGUUGCUAGCUUACUUUUGGAUUUGGGAAGUUUGUUUUUGAAAAUUGAGGACAGCAUCAGAGUUUGUAUUGCAGCACCAAAUGGACCAAUAUUUAGUGCACUCGCAAUAUGGAAACAUCAAAUCGUGGCCUUGGGAUAAAAUCCACCCUCUGGAACUGAUCUUUGGGGUUUUCUGUAGACUUUUAAAAUUUACAGUUGUAAUUAUUGUAAUAAGUUUAGUCCUGAAGCCAGGGCAUGAGAUCUUAAACUUACAAAACUAUUAUACAAUCAUUAGCUACGUGAAUUUUUGUGGACUAAAGAGCUACCCAAUUUUAUGAUAUUUUCAUGUUCAAUAUUUCCUGUAUGUGCAUGAGGAGCAACCAGACUAGAACACAUUGAUAUCUCGGGGUUUAAGGUAUUUUUAAAACUGAUUGCUCGAGUAUUCCACAGCAUGGCUGUGUUGUAUUUACAGAUACAUCCACCUAGUGUGUUAGAAACCCUGUGUGCUAUUUCAGUCUUCUCUUUCUUACAAUUCAAAGCCCCAUACUAACAUCAUAUGUUAUCUUUUUAGAUUUUCUGGGGUCCUUUAAGAGUACAGUACCUUAGGGCAGGCAGCUCAUUUAAGUGCAGCUGCCAAUUGCCAAUGCAGUUCCAUUUAUUGUUGCUUUUCCCGGUACUUGUACUGCAUUUCUACUGUGCUUGCUUUUGAUGUUUCACUUUAGACAUAAACAACUAAAAAUUACACCCACAGUUCAGCUGAUCUAAUGCUAAUUCAGAGCACUUCAGAAAAUAAGCAAAUACGAUUUUUAUAGAAUGUCUUUAUAAAUGCUGUAUACGGCUCUUUUGGGUUAUGGUUGACUAUCAAAAGUAAACUUUAUUUGGUUAAUAAAACUGUGUGAAAACUUAAUUUUCUGAGUGUUCUGACAGCCUGCUGAAAAGUUUGCAAACUAACUGCAUAUUUUAUUUGCAAAGCGAGGUACUUUAAGACAUAUACUACAGCUCCGUCAGAAACAGUUCCUUUAGACCAUGUCUGUUGCUACUUCAGUUCUCUUUUGGUGAUACUGAGAGUCCUUUUGAAGCAGUAGUUAGAAGCUACUUACAUAUUAACCAAAAGCACACAUAACAGAUGAUUUCCUAAUAUCCAUGGUUCAUUAAACCAGUUGAAGCUGAUGUGACUUAAGAUACAUUUUUUUCUAAGUAAAUUGUUACAAAAUAAGUGGAAUAAUUCUUGAAUAGCUGUACUGUAUAGAAACUACUGUGAGAAUCAAAAAGCGUGCCCUACCUCUGGUUUACUUCCCUUGAGCUUCUAAAAAAAUUGGUUUCCUAUUCCUGGUUUAAUCAGCACAAUUGGUACUUCAUUACAAGAGCAACCAGAGCAGUUGUCAAGCCCUACUGUAAAGCCCAGGGGUCCUGUAUUUAUAAGCCACAUCUUUGGGUUUCAUCUCACUUUCUGUCAGCUUAGAGCUUGUUAUUAAGAGUCCCCAAAGAUUGACUCUACCACCAGGAGAAAUGAUAGGCAUCACAAGUAGUUGCAAGAUAAGCCUUAAAGUCUUCUCUUUGAAAUUCUCUUCUAAAUAUGUUGAAAAGGAUUGUUUCUUUUAUACAGAUCACUGAAGUAGCUUGCUUUUUCCUGAUCCUCUGUUUUUUCUUUCACCCUUGCCAUUUCCUCAAAGCCAACUGGUUGAAGCAGCUUUAGGGUGAAUGGAUACAAAUGAAAAUUUGGAGUUUUCUCAGGACUACUGUUGUCUUCUCAAGUGGAACCACUCAUCUAGAGGAAAGUUCUGUGAUACUUCUUCUAAAGUAAAAUGCAAAAUUCAUUUUGAAUGUGUAAUCGUUUUCAGCUCAGUCAGCCAUGUGAGUGCCUUUUAAUUUUUUCAUAUAAUGCCAAUUUUAAUGGUACUGGGACUUUAUCCAUGAGGUUUCCUAAUGAGUGUUACUUACCAGCGAAAUGGCAGAUAAUUUUAUUUGCCAUGGAGAUGGUCCCUUCAAUCCAGUGUAGCAAGAGAUGCCAGGAGAGCAGCAUCAGGUUUCUGGCUUCCUAUCCUUUAAUCCUGGGGUAAUGCUUUUGCAUUUCUUGGUCUCAUCCCUCCAGCUUGCUUGUUUCAAGUAUUACACACAGUUUGGUUGUAUCAGUAUCUCCCUAAAACUCAUGCAGGUUUGUAAUGAGAUAAGUACUGUUUAUUUCUGGACAGAGAAGUUCAGUUUUAGAUGAAGUUAUUCCAGGCUAUUAGACCUAACCACUUUCACCUUUCUAAUUCUGCUUAGCUAACUGCAGUUUGAUUGAGAGAGGAGCUCCUACAAUACACUUGGAGUAUUUAGCAGGCUGGAAUGAACACAUCCUCAGUGUUCUUUACGUGCUCUAAGCCUGUAUGUUAAGAGCAGAAGUUCUGUUCUGGCUUCUGAUAACCCUUCAGAAGUACUGUGAGGUUCCUGCUUGCACUGAGUUGUUGGUAGUUCACAUGCAGGCUGUAACACUGACUCCUUGUCUCUGUCCACUGUAGGUCUGCAGGAAGCGCCUGCUUCCACAUAAGCUGCAGUAGCUUCUCAUUUCUCCAUGUUUCAGAGUAACAGUGGGGUUUUAACAUUUGGAACUAAUCAAAGUGUCUUUUUCUAGAGCCAGUCUGUGCUAGAUGAGGACUAGAUGGUGUCUUUUGCAUUCAGUCAUUAACUUAUAUUAAUGAAUAAAUUUACAGUCAACCACUGUUCACAUUCUGGAUAUCUGGGUAUCACUGUAAUCCUGAGGAGACAGUUCAGUCGAGUUGAGAGCAGAGGGGAAGGUCAGUGUGGUUCUGUUGAGCUAGUUCUGAUCAGCUUUUUUAUCCUCAGUCCAUUUAAACACAUAAGGCUAAUUCUUUCCCAUCCUUGUUUUCCUGUCUGCAUCCUUUUUAUGGAUUAUGUAGGCUUAAAAACUGUGUAACAUGUUAACAAAGCUUUGCUGAGGUUAAAAAGUGAACAAAAAUCUGUGGGUCAGAUUAGAAGUGUUUGACCAAGACCUGUAGGUCACAGAGCAGGGCUCAGGACAUGUUUGACACAAACAGUAACUGUUUGGUUGUUGUUUUUUUUUUUUUUUAUUUCCUGUUAACACACAGUCAGAGGGGGUAAACUUCACAAUCAUUGUGGAUAAAAUGGGUGAAUUUAGUCCUCAGACAUGACCAUGAGAGAUUAAAAAAUGCUUUAUCACAGAGGGAUAAAUCCUGCUUGCAUUCCUUUAAGUUUUACUGAUGUUUUAAAGUACAUCACCAGUAUUUUGUCAUCUGUGGUAAAAUUCUCUAAGGUUAAAAAUAGUCUUCAAAAUAAGCCUGUUUUAUUAGUUUUGUUUACUUCACACUUGUAAAGCAUAUUAAGUAUUCUAAAAAACACACUUUCUGAAAACAUCUCAAAAGAUGCUGUAAUCUGUUUGUAAUUACUAACGUGCUAAUGGAAUAUGUUUGAACAGUCUCACUUUGCAUGACUGAGUGCCAAAUCCUGCUCGCUCUUAGUUACUUGAGUAGAUGAUCUUUUUAAACUAACGAGCAAGAUUUGGCCUCAAGGUCUUCUGCCUGGGGAACACAGUAAUGAUACUUUGCAUAUUCCUGCUGGUGCUAAAUCAUUUGUUGAAAAUAAAGAUUCUAACUAGAAAUUGUAAAUAAAAUAUUUAUGGCCUGGUCCUUUUGACAGACUGAAAAUUUUAUCAUUUGCCAAUACUUUUUGGCCUUAUUUCAAGUUUCCCUUUUGGGUUUGUUGGGAUUUUUUUUUCUUUUUUUCUUUUUUUUUGGAACAUGUGGACUGUGUUCAUGUGGCAAGUCAUUGGCAGGUGUGGCUUCCUGUGCUGCUUUCUGUAAGGCCCAUAAUGUUCCCGUGGUGCAUUAGGAUACAGAAGACUCUUCACUGCUGUAUUUCCAUGUUAUCCUUCAUCUUGUUAUUGUAGGUGUUUGCACAAGUAGUAUUCUCUGCUAAAACUUCAAGAAAUUCAGCCAUUACUGAAAGCUUUUGGGGAAGCUGCUGAGAACUCAAAAAUACCCAUUUGAAGUAAUUUUCAAAUCUAAAUGUGCUAAUUAGCUUUGCUUAUGAAAUGAACUGGAAUAUCGUGUGCCAGUUGCUAAUCUUUGCUAUAAAUUGCUAGCAUUUCACAAUUCUUCUGCCAUCAAUUUAAGAACGUUGUAAAUACAAGCUUUGGGAGGAGGUAUAUUAGUUUGUGCAUUGCAAAAGGGUUUAUAAGACUAGUGAAUUAGUAUUUUGAGACCUAUUAAGUUACAACAUCUAGAACAUGAAAAUGAGUGUGCUGGUGUUAGGGCGUAGAGGGCUUUUGAUAAUCUGCACUUCUACAUUCUUGAGUUUUGGCAUUUUAACAAACAAGCAUUUAAUUUUCCGUCUACUGUCUCGUGAUACGCAGGCCUUGUGAUCACCAGUUGCUGUCUCCAAACAUUUGUUUCAGUUAGCAGAGCAGGCAGGCAAAUUUAUGACUUGUAAACCCUUGUAGGAUGAAGUUCUCUGAAGAGCCAUUUGGUUAAGUUGCCUUAUUCUCUUACAUUGCACUCAUGGUAUGUCUCUGCUUCCUUGUUUAUUGUUCAGACACUGAAGAUGUGAUGUAAAAAUACGUGCUACAAAUUUUUAUUCAUAAAUUACUGAUGAAUACCUUUGUGUCACCUGUUAAUACAGCUCUUGUAAAUGAUGCCUUUUAUGCCAUCUGUAAUACAGCUCUUGUAAAUUGUUUAAAUUAUUUUUCUUUUUAUAGAUCCUCAUUAUUGAAUGUACAGAUUAGAUCCCUUUAAUAUGUCGCUGAAUAAUUUGAUUUGGGCCCAAAUACGGCCAAUUCUGUAAUUCAUCCCAUCGAAACUGUAAAUAAUUCUUUACUGCUUGUUUGCAUGAAUGAAGUUUGGAUUUCAUUUGCUUUGUCAUAACCCAAUUCCUCUGUCAUGGGCCUACUUUUUACAGUUUAUUUUCCUGGGUUAAUCACCAUUUGUUCUGUACGAAUGUUGAAACAGUCCUUUGUCUUUUCCUAAUAAAUAAUUUGAGAUUGUUCA